AUGACCGACUUGAAGCUCCUUCAAGCUCAUUUCCUUUUCUUUUCGAUUGGCAUCCAGCUUCACGUGUUAGUUUUCCGCAAGGGAGAAUGGGAUACCGCUACAACAAGGUUGAUCAGGAACUUCACCUUAGGCAUAGGGUUGCUUACAGCCUCCCUUAUCUGGCUGGCGCCUGGAACUUUCCAAACUAAUGUUGCUGCCUUCAAAACAGCCACUUCCCUUAUGACUGCCCUAAUUGUCGGGAUUUAUAGCAGCCUGGUCAUAUACCGCGCAACAUUCCAUCGGCUAAACUCUUUCAACGGCCCUUAUUUAGCAAGAAUCUCUAACCUAUGGAUCACUUCACGAGUAGUCAAGGAGUUACACACGUAUUCAGAAGUUCAAGAGCUCCACAAACGAUACGGUGAUAUUGUCAGAAUUGGUCCUAGUGAGCUAUCUAUCAACAACCCAAAGGCAGUUAUGCCAAUUCACUCGAACCGGUCACCAUGCACUAAAGGACCGUGGUACGGGGUCUUGCACCCCUUGUACUCCUUACAGCUGGUUCGAGACAAACAGACGCACGCUCAGCGACGCAGGGCUUGGGACAGAGGGUUUAGCUCCAAAGUCCUCAGAGACUACGAGUUCAGGGUCGCAGACUACACCAACCAAUUGCUAUCGCAGAUUGAUGCACACAAGUCAGAACCUUUCAACAUCGCGGAUUGGUUCAACUUUUACAGCUUUGAUGUCAUGGGAGACUUGGCUUUUGGCAAGUCUUUCGGGAUGCUUAAGAAAGGAAUUAAGCACUACUUCAUGACCUCAUUACAUCAAGACAUGCAGGCUAUUGGGAUGUUUAGCCACAUGCUUUGGCUCUUUCCCGUUUUCAAAAACACGCCAAUUCUAAAUGCUAACAAUAAGCGAUUUUGGAAAUUUGUCAAGUCUCAAGUGGAUAACAGGGUCAAGAACACACCCGACCGUCCCGAUGUAUUCUCGUGGAUAUUGGAAGAUUACGAGUCAAUUAACAAUCCUACCUGGCAAGACACGCUCAAUCUAUACGGGGAUGCCUACCUUAUUAUUGUUGCUGGAAGUGACACAACUGCUGCAUCCCUCACUUGCCUCUUUUUUGAACUAGCUCAGAAACAGGAGGUCUAUAACCGCCUAAGGGGGGAGAUCGACAGGUAUUUCGCACAGAAUGCCGAGCCUGAACACUCCGCCCUGUCUAGGCUCCCGUACCUGCAGGCGUGCAUCGACGAAACUUUGAGACUUCACCCUCCGGUACCCUCGGGCCUUCAGCGAAUGACACCACCCGAGGGCAUGGAAAUCGAUGGCACGUUCAUCCCGGGAAACACCAUUGUCCAAGCAAACGAGUUCAUUCCCGAGCGAUGGACCACUCGGCCCGAGAUGGCCAAGGACCAUACAGUUUUUAUCCCUUUCGGCACAGGCAAAUAUUCCUGCGUCGGCAAGCAGCUUGGGCUGAUGGAGAUACGAUACUGCGCCAGCCAGAUUAUUCACCGGUAUGACAUAGCAUUCGCUCCGGAACAAACCACGCGUGCUUUCAUUGAAGGGAAGAAGGAUGGCUUUACCCUAUCACUGCCGGAGUUGGAAGUGAUUUUCAACCCGAGGGAGGAUGGAAGCAGAUUGUCUAGAUAG